CUGACGGUUUUGCAUGCAACGGCAAAGGUCUGAUAGCUUCUCGCAUUGUCUCCAAACUGUGGCGUGCCUUCAUACCAAUGAGACCUCCUCCCGCACUGCUCUCCCGCUUGGUUACAUUCAGUGCCUAGCAGAGCCGAAAUGGAACUCAGCUGGACAGUAAACGGAGUUGUUUAAAACGACCUGCCGGGACCACGAUGUCCCAAAAACGGGGAGUGAACUCUUGCCCAGAUGGGUACAGGGUCCUCAACACCAGCGAACUACGAGAGCUUCUCCAAGAUGACGAAAAAAUGGAUCAGAUCGUGCGACUUAACGAAAAGUUUCAGGAGCUGCAGGUGGACAGCAAGACCUUGCUAGCAACCAACCGAAGCCUCGCUGAAGUAAGCCUUGCACGACGCCCCAAACUACAGAAUGGGAAGCUCCAAUUGGCUGCUAAGUAUGAGGAACUCGCAAAGCUUACCACUGCCUGCAGGGAAAAGCAAUGCCGGCUUGAGACCCACAUGCAGAAGCACAGUCCACAGACGGCUCAGAAUCUCCUUCAGGAGGAGGUCGCACGUGCCGAGGAACAGUCUGAGGAGUUGCUGGAGAGGUUCAUGGAGGGACAGGUCCCUCUGGAAGGUUUCCUGGAUUCCUUUCAGAGCUUCAGGAAAACAUACCACAUCCGCCGUGUGCAGGCUGAAAAGAUCCAAGAGUUCAACCGACCUGAGAGGAAGCCAAUGAAGCCCUUGGAGGAGGACGCAGGACAGAAGAAGAGGGAGGAGGGGCCAAAGGAGCGCCGCCUCAAUGGCAUCUCCGCUCACGGCCCGCCCCGUGUCAUCCAGCUACGGUAUGGCCUCACCCCGGCCAUACUGGUUCCCCUCUCUACGUCCUCAGCUGCGGCUCCUGCCGCCAGCUUGUCUCCUCUGGACUCGUGCCCAGGCCGGCCCCAGGCUUUGGGGCCCAGUGCGCCCCAUUCGUGCCCCAGGCAGCCUGUAGGCCUGAGAUUGAUCGGACAGUUGCCAUGCUGGGCUGCCAGGCCGGUGCGGUUACAGCAACUCUAUAGGCCCAGCCCACAUCAGCACGAACCACCCUACCGAUAACGUCCAAACCACUGCACUUCAGAGACGCAGACCCAAGGCUGAACUUCACGCUCUGCCUGAACCUCACGCUCUGACCUCCUAAAGCUUUAGAUCGAUGUAAACAACAAUUUCAACGGUCACCACCAAAAGCUGAUUUCAUGCGUCUAAAAGGCAGAUGAACUGAAAGCCAUAAAAUGUUUUGUCUCAGUUGUGAACAAGCCAGUUGGGUACACAACCCCAGGAUGCCUCUGCCAUUGUUGUUUGUCCUGUCAUUUUCUUUUCUAUGUGUCCUCAUGUUGGGAUAUGGCAGAGUUCAUGCUGCUGCUUUUGUGAGAGAAGAAGAAUUAUUAAGACACUGCUUUAUGAAUGGAAGGACUUGUUUUCACUGUUGAUAAUCAGAGAAAUGCCAGCCUCAUGACAUGCCUUCUUGUUAUGGUGACGACGAUCAAUAAAGUCCUAUUAUGAUGUUUAUUACAAACCAG